AUGAACGCCAUCAACAUUGGCCUAUUGUUUUCUUUAUUUGCAUUCCAAGUUUCUGCUGCACCUGGCCUCGCUCUUGACAUUGCAGCCCCUUCUUCUGCGGUCGACGUCGACAGUUUGAUCGUAAAAGCGUCACUUAAGAACACUGGAGAUGUCACUCUGAAGCUCUUGAACGACCCUCGCUCAGUACUGUCCAAGGCCAAUACCAACACCUUUAGCAUAUCAUCAGCGUCCGGAACGCCCAAGUUUACAGGCUUGAGGGUCAAAUACGUUCCAUCCCAAGCCGCAAAAUCAAGCAACAGCUCUGCUUUUACGACUCUGGCACCCGGCCAGACUAUCGAGAUCGACCAUAAUUUGGCGGGAACCUACAAUUUCACGCGAUGCGGCGAAGGGGCUUAUAAUUUCAGUACAUUGAAUACCUUCAAUUACAUAGACGAAUCCGGAGAGCUAAAGACUAUUGAGGCCUCGAUUAAAUCGCAUCAACUCAAGGUGGCGGGUAAACUCGCUACUACUAAUCGCUACACCGUAACUGCCUCUGUUACUAGGCGUGCACUCUCCUUCACCGGUUGCAGUGCCGACCAACAGUCCCAGAUCAAAGAGGCCGCGACUGCCUCGGAUGCUAUGGUUUCCAAUGCCAACUCUUACCUCUCAGGUCUCGCUUCAGGCAAACCACGCUAUACGACCUGGUUCGGGACAUUCGACAAAUCCCGUUAUAACUCUGUUGCAUCUCAUUUCAAAAAUAUUGGAACGGACGCUUCGUCGAUGAACUACGAUUGUAGCGACUGCUUGACUCACCCCAGCAUGGACUACCCAAACACCUAUGCGUAUGUUGACCCAAACGUACCUACCAAGAUAUAUCUCUGCGGAGCAUUCUGGCGGGCGCCCACUACUGGCACUGACUCCAAAGCCGGAACUAUUGUUCACGAAAAUUCACACUUUGUUGCCAAUGGGGCGGUCGAAGACCACGUUUACGGUCAGGGUGACGCGCAAGCUCUGGCAAAGUCCAAUCCUGCUCAGGCUAUUAUGAACGCUGACAGCCACGAGUACUUCGCGGAGAACACACCAACACUUUCUUAG